GUAUAAUGAAACGGAAGAAAUACAACAUUAGUAUAUAUACAAAUAUAAGGAGAAGUGUGUGUAUUGUACGAAGUAUAGUUUAUGCCAUAUGCCUAUGUGCUAGUAUGGCUUGUGUGAGUUGAAUGGCUUCACUUGAUGAUCUACUACAUGAAGGACAACUCCUUAUUUAUAAGGGAGUAAGUGGGUGGCUAGUUACCCUCAUUUGGCAUGCUGACGUAAUAUUAUUAAUUUAUUAUGAUUAUCUCCCUUAAUUUAGAUUGAACAUUGUGGCACAAUUAAUCUAUGGUGAUUAGAAGUAGCUUCUAGAGGCCUUUAAGACAUAAUAAGAGGCAGUGUGUUCUAUUUUAGUUUAUCAAUUGAUCAAGUAUUCAAUAUUUUUCACUCAGUUUUUCCGCAAGAAUCUCUUUUUCUAAAGAUCUUUCUUGAACCGAGGGCCUUUUGAUCAAAUUUUAUUGUAUAACAAACUCUUUGGAAACAAAGGAACGGUAGCAAUUUCAAGGCCUUGACAGAGUCAAUUAAGGAAAAUACCAUUAAGGAUUUAAAGCUUCAACUAGUAUAUAAGCUGAAGUUUGAAGAGAAGAAAGACAACACAAGAAACAAAUAAACACCACUAGACAUUCUGAAUACACAUUGCUUAAGUCUUUCAAAGUCUCAAAGAAUCCUUAUUCAAGAAUUACUCUCCAAAGCUCUACAUUCAAAAUAACCUUUUAAGAUAUUCAUUUAGAGUAACUUCUUGUAUUCAGAAUUGUAAUAUGCAAUUCAUUGUAAGAAAGAAAAGUGGAAGAGAAACAUCUUAGUCACUAGGAUUAGAGAUUCUAGUUGGUAGCAUUUGGCAACGAGGAGUUGUUAGAAGAUAAGUGUUACCUUCUUCUAAAGCUUGUUUCUAAAAAUCUAAGGGGAAAGCGAAUAAAGAGUUUUUUCCAAAAUCUUAGGAGCUAAGGAAAAGCUUGAAGGUAGAGAUUAGGUCUUUCAAAGGAUUGAACUCUUUACAUUCUUUUGUUCUUUAUUAUUGCUCUUUAUAUCAUGUUUUGUUCAUUGCUCAAACAAGUCUCAAACUUAUUCUGCAAAACAACUUCUUUUUUUUAGUUUGUAACGGUAUGGACUUACAGUUUGAAGGCCCUGACUUGUUUUAAACACAAGUCAAAAAGUUGUCAUACUCUAUCCACCCCCCUAGAGUAUUAUAUCAUUCUUAUUGAUUCUUCAAGUAGGUUUGUGUUUUUGGGUGUGAUAGUGUCAUAGACUUAUUGGAUUUUUCAUUGUCAACACUGAUAAUUGCAAUUAUUUGCACUUUUUUCAUGAUUUUAUGCUCCUUUAUGAUGGUCGUUGUACGUCAAUUAAUGCUUAUUUUAAAAGGUUUAUGCUACUUAACACAUUUUGGUUAUUUAUGUUGAUUUUAAGUUAUUUCGAUCGCUUUUAGCAUUAUUCUUGUUGUUUUGAUGAUAAUGGCGUUUAGAAUUAAGAUUUUGGCCUGGUUAAAGAAGUUUGAUAAAAAAAAAACAAAAGAUCUCAAGAGUGCUCAAAAUGCAAAAGUUUUUAGAUGAAAUUUGACACAUAUUUACUCUUUGGAUCAUAUCCUCAAGAUUGUUCCAAUGAUAUAUUAUAUGCCCGAUUUCGACACCCAAACAAGAAAUAACGAUUGUUUGAAGUUCGUCAGUUGAGUAAAAAGCGACGAGUCGCGCACUUUUCUCUGGAAUAUGCAAUUUCGUGGCAGUUUGCAAUGAUUCCCCGCUUUCUAAGCAACGAGUCACCACUUUUCUCUAAUAUGCGUUUACAAUUCGCUUUCGUUGCUUUCGUCUGGAUUUUAUCAUUAACAUUUAUUAUUUUCUAAGACAUAGCUAGUAUAAAUAAAAAGGUUAAUUGUAACCUAAGACAUCUAGUUUUUAUCUUUAUUUUACAUUUUCUACUUCAUAGUUAUAUUUGCUAAACACUAGUUUUGCAUUAGAGAACAUUAUCUUAGUUCAAUUUUGAGUAUUUUCCAUUGGUAAAUAAGAUCUAACAGUUAAUUAAAUCAAUAAAAUCAUAAUCUGUAAUCAAUAAGACGGUAUGAGAUUAACACGAUCACUUUUAAUUAUGUAAUUAUUGAUUAAACAUAUUAAUCAAUAAUAAGAUUAAUAAGUUCACUUUUGAUUUAUGUAUGAUGAGACUAACAAGAUCAUGUUUAAUCACGCUAAUUAUAACAACAAUUCCUAUAUGAAACCAUUCUACUAUGAAACAAAUUUAUAUAAUUAACUUAUUAUCUAAUUAAUCAUUUUAAGAUUGUAAGUGAUUAUUAUAUUAUUAUAAAUAGUCAUAAAGUGACUAUAAAAAAUUAGCAUUUUAAAAACAGUAAAUAUACAUUAGGCCAAUCGAAUAUAGAUAAUCAUACCGUGAGACUGUCUCAUUUACAAAAAUUUUGUAAUUGUAAACCCUUUUCUUAACCACCAAGGAAGUAUAAUGGAUACAGUAAUGAUGUCAUUUUAUGUCAAAAUUUCCAAUUUUGAAACAACACACGGAAACAUAAAAUUUUUAGAUCAGGAUUAGUAAAAAAAAUCCUCCGAUUUUGCUCCCAAAACAUAUUCGAUAUUUAAAAGGUCUUUGCUUUCGCCUUUCAUAUUCUGAUCGUUGGAUUCAUUUUUGAAAUAACUUCAAAUUCGUAAAUAAAUUGUUUAAGAAAUGGGCCAGCGACAAUCAAAGGAUGAACUGUUGUCCCAGCAAGUUUCUUAUGCUAACAUAGAAGGCAUUAAAGCUCUUCACAGAGAAGGUGCUGGUCUUGAGUAUGUUGAUAGAGAAGGGAAGACUCCAUUGAUUUUUGCUUGCUUGAAUCCAACACUCUAUGAUGUUGCUAAAAUUCUUAUAGAGCUGGGUGCCAAUGUCAAUGCAUAUCGCCCAGGUCGUAAUGGAGGGACACCUUUACAUCAUGCUGCAAAGCGUGGUCUGGAAAAUACUGUGAAGUUGCUUCUUUCUCAUGGAGCAAAUGCUUUACUGGUUAAUGAUGAUUGUCAAACCGCACUCGAUUUAGCUAGGGCAAAAGGCUUCAGCAAAAUCGUUCGUUUGAUUGAGAGUCAUAUCUGCUUGUAUUCUGGUUGGUUGCGAGAGCUGUAUGGACCAGGAUUUCUGGAAAUGCUAGCCCCUCAGCUGAUUUCGAGAAAAGUGUGGGUGGUUGUUGUCCCAUGUGGCUCUCGCAAUCUCAGAAAGCCUUUCAAAUUGGAGCUUGCCAUUUAUACAAAUAUACAGGAUGCUCAGCCUUGUACAACUAUUGCUUUGUCAAGGGCAAGUAUGGAGGAACCGGAUUUUCGCCAGCCUUUUCCUGCUGUGAUACUUUCUGAAUCAUCUAUUCCAAGGCGUGGAAGGAGAAGGUGUAGGCCACGACGUGUUAGUCAGACACGCAUCAAACUUGCACCACUUACUGAAAAUGACAAGCAACAACUGCAGCAGUUCUGUAGUGCAUGCAAAGGAAUUCCUCAGGUGCUGCCUCCAAUGUUCACCCCUUCAGCUCCCGCUGUUCCAUCAACUGUUCCACAAGCUGUUACAGAAUCCAGACCAGCUUCUGUAGCCACGUCACCUGCUCCCGAGGAAGAUAUGGAAUUAGCAAUGGCAAUAAAUGCCUCUCUUCAGUCAGCUCUGUUAGAGGGCGUAGCCCUCGACCAUGUCCAGCCACCCAAUGAAGCAAGUUCCUCCUCCACCGUCGUACAUUCUGUUUCAUUUGACAGUCAAGUUGACCAACCUUCAAAAAAAGCAAGUUCGGCAGAACAGCUUAUGGAGGAAGCAGGGCCGAGGGGCACUUCUGAAUUAACGAGCAGUGAAUCCCUGGAAUCAACGCCUGUUCCAUCAGCCCUGGAAUCAAUGCCAGUUCCUUCAGCCCCAGCUAUUACUGAUGAUGUUAUGUCCGACGGUUUAAUUCAUUAUCCAACUAUUGAUUUAAGCACAAUGGAUACAUUGGUGUCGACAGUAGAGAACGACCAUACUGAUGAACAUGGAAGCAAGAGAGGAGGACCUUCGUCAUGCGUUAUAUGCUUCGAUGCUCCGGUUGAGGGAGCAUGCGUUCCCUGCGGUCAUAUGGCUGGAUGUAUGUCGUGUUUGAAUGAAAUAAAAGCCAAAAAAUGGGGAUGUCCUGUUUGCCGAACUAAUAUUGACCAAGUGAUUAAGGUCUAUGCUGUUUGAGCACCAUGGAUACUUGCCUUUAUUUUCUGGGUUGCAACGUCUAUAUGAUAUACCUGUAUAUUUUAUUUCUUAUUUUUAAGACCUAAAACGUUACUCCUAGUACAAAUUAAAAGAGUGUUAAAAUGUUUGUACAUAAGUGUGAUGUAUAUCUAUGUAUGUGGCACAAUGGAAUAUUUGAUGAAAUUUUCCAACUUUUUUCCUAUAAUUUAAUGUAAUGCCGUUGCUCA